ACUGAGCCUGCGUGCUACAACUACUGAAGCCUGUGCUCUAGAGCCCGCGAGCCACAAAUACUGAGCCCUCGUGCCACAACUACUGAAGCCCGUGAGCCUAGAGCCCGCGCACAGCAACAAAGAGUAGCCCCCGCUUGCCACAACUAGAGAAAGCCCAAAGGCAACAAUGAAGACCCAACGCAGCCAAAAAUAAAUAAAUUAAUUAAUUUUAAUAAAAAAUAAUAAAAAAUAAAAAUAAUAAAAAUACACCCAGUGAUGUGGCACACAGCAGGCGGACAGGAUGUGCACACCCUCGUUCCUUCCUCCUUCUCAACUCCAUCUUCAUGUUAGCGACAGUGGUAAAGCGGUUCAGUAGCCAACAUGCACCUGUUUGUCUGCGCGCAGGAGCUACACACUCUCCAGGUGACCGGCCAGGUGACAGUCGCCCAGAUCAAGGCUCAUGUAGCCUCGUUGGAGGGCCUCACUCCAGAAGAUCAGGUCCUGAUCCUGCAGGAUGAGGCUACCCUGGGCCAGUGUGGGGUGGAGGCUGUGAGCACUCUGAGCACCCUGGAAGUAGCCAGCCGCAUGUUUGAAGGUAAAGUCCAUGGUUCCCUGACCCGUGCCAGGAAAGUAAGAGGUCAGAUUCCCAAGGUGGCCAAACAAGAGAAAAAGAAAAUGGGCCGGGCCAAGAAGCGUAUGCAGUACAACCAGUGCUUUGUCAAUGCUGUGCCCACCUCUGGCAAGAAGAAAGGCCCCAAUGCCAACUCUUAAGUCCUUUGUAAUCUUGGCUUUCUCUAAUAAAGCCACUUAGCCCAAUCCAAAAAAAAAACAAAAAAAAAACAAGAAACAAAAAAUAAAUUAAUAAACAAACACCCAAAUGUCAACUAUGGUUGAUUUGAGCCAUAGGUGACCCUUCUUCCUAUUUCUCUACAUUUUCCAAGUUUUCUUUAUGAAGUAUGUCAAUUUACUUAACUCUUACUUAAUACCACUUGCCUUUGAGCUAAAGUUCUACUAGAUGACAAAACAAAGCAAACUGGCCUAGUGGUCAAAGAUGGGAAAAGUGUGAAAUAUGAUUUCUUUCAAAGGUUAUUUAUCAUUUUGUGAGCGGCAGAAAUGGUUAAACAUACAACGAAGUCAUAUUACCUACUAGCAAAAUUGUUCUUAGUUUGUACAAUGAAAUCACACACAUCAGUAUUUCUUAGUGUUCUGCAAAAACACCAUGCAUCAUGAUUCUAAGUAUUUUGUGACCUGAGGAAGUCUGAAAGCAUAUUUAAAAUAUGCCAAAUAUUAAUGUAGUGUAACCUUUGGUUUUAAGGCAUAUUGGGAGAGGUAAAACUCUCAGAAUAUUAUUUUGUAACUUUAUCAAUUGAUACAUUUUCUAAAUGUCGAAAAAUAGACAUUUAGGGAAUUCCCUGGGGUCCCAACUUGGCACUUUCACUGCUGUGGCCUAGGUUCAACCCCUAAGUUCCUAAGUUCAACCCCUUAGUUCCUUUCAGGAACUAAGAUCCUGAAAGCAGCACGGCGCGGCCAAAAAAAAAAAAAGACAUUUAACAUGUAGUAUUUCAGGUUAUACUUUAUAACUUAAAUAUGGCUUAUCUAUUGCUGCAAUAUUACUAAAUUUACAUGCCUUUAAAGAGAUCAAGAACUAUUUAUAUUGCCAUUCCCUCCUUUUGUGACUCAGAAAUUUUUACACUCUCUCUUAACCUGGUGUCUGCUGUGCAAAGGCCUGAAGACCUAAUGAUUUCUCACCCCAAUAUGGACUCAGGGUUACCUCUACCCAUAUGCCCACCCCUUAGAGACAAGUUUGUCAAGGUCAAAAAAUCAAGUGAGCACCAAUCGCUUCCACACCUGCCUUCCUCCUUUCCCAGGGCUAAGCCUUGCCAAAAAGAAAACAGCCCCAUGCUAGGGUUCUUUAUGACAUGCUGAGCAAAGGCCACAGACUGCUAAACACUGCCAAGUAGACCUGAAAACAAUGAACUCAUCUAGCUUUGUGCAUAACCCAGAACCUCAGUCUGUCAGCAUCAACGCAUUUUUCCCACAAAAUUAACACAAAUUUUGAGAUUAGCUAAUAUCAUCAUAUUCUUACAAUCAUCCAAAAUGUAAGCCCCUACGAUUAAUCCCUCUUUCCUGCUGCACUCUGAUCUCAUUUCUGCUCUGUACUGUCUCCCUCUUCAACCAUCACACACCCUCCAAUAGCUAUACUUCCUGAUAACCCUUUACACUGUUCCACUGCAAACAAAUUCCCUAAACCCCAACCAAUUUAAAUUGGUUGCCAGCAGUCUUGCUCUCUAAACUAAUCUGGGUGCGAGCUAUUCUCUCCCACUCAGCAAACGUGAAGCAUGGAAGUCAUGCCUUGUUCACCAUCACAGUUCGUUACCCUCAAAUAAAGGUACGUCUUUUGAGGUUUAAGUCAUCUGUUCCUACCUCUCUCUCCUUGUUAUCCACUGGUCUCUUGGUCACUCUCCCACAUUCACUAAAGGCUUUGGAACCUGGUUCAAAAUCUUUCCACCCCUUGCUCUGCCACCAUUCUGAGCAACUCACUUCCUGUGUAGCUGACUCCUGUAAAAUUCUAGCUCUACAGUUCCCUUAUCUCGACUCCAGGAACCUUCACUUUCUCUCCACUUCAGAAACCCAUUCCAUAGCCAGAUCUUGCAUUCAGUCAUAACAAGCAACUGCUCCUAUUUAAUCUUAAAAUCCAAUAUCCAGUCUUGACCCCUUCAUAUCCCAGCAGCUACUUUCUGGUUUCAUUUGUUCACUACUGAGCCUAGACUCAAUGGCCCAGAACUUGAAAUGCUCUAGCUACUGUAAUUUCUUGCAUCCUUACUCUGUCUGCCACACUGGCCUGUAAAACUCAAACCAAAAUCAAUCCGGUUGUUCAACUUGUCUGCUCAGCCCCUCAGGCUGGUGAGGCCUGAGUGGGGGGGGAAUCAUCACACAACUAUAUAUACCAGAGCCAUGAAAAAUUAUUACAAUUCUUUUAAGUAAUCCCAUUCAGUUAGCCCUCUCAUUUCUCGCAAUGAAAUUCUCCCUUUUUCCUCAAACUCUCCCCUACAAUCACCAUCACCAUCCUCUAUAAUCUCAGCUGAUAAGGUGAUCCCCUCACUUCACUGAAAAAUUCAUCAAGUGUGUUGAUGACCCAAAUUCCUCACCUACCACCCAAACACUUUUCUCCCUCUGUACCAUCCUUUCUUUAUUCCUACUUCAAUGGAAACAAUACUCCUAUUCCUACUGAAAUCUAGUAUCCUCACUCUGUUCCCUCUACUCUUAAGGACAAUGUUCAAUCAAUCUCACAUACCUCCUUCUUCCUGUAUCAUCAACUUCUCCCUUCCUUCUGACUCUUUCUGUUUAGCACAUAAACAUGCUGAACUUUCUCUCAUCUUGAUAGAAUAAUGCCCUCUACCUAUGAUCCGUAUCUCUACAAGCUUUUUGAAAAGAAUGUCUUCACUUACUGCUUCCACUCUCUCACAACUAUUCACUCUAGUUCUCAGCAACCCAGCAUUUAUCUCUACCAUGGAGAUUCCACUGAAACUGUUCUAUAGAAGAUGAUCAAUCAGCUACUUGCUGCUCUGUCCUUAUAGUAGCUGACCUAUUUUCUACAUUUGACACUGCUGACCACUCUUUUCUUAAAACUUCUCAGUCUUCAUUUAAUGACAUUUACUGAAAAUCUACUUUAUGAUAAGAACUGUGGAUAAAAUGAUGAACAUGAUGGUCUUAGUCCUCAAGAAACUUAAAAUCGAGUUGGGGAAGCUUUUAUGGUAAUUCAUACUCAUAUUUCAACCUCUCAGAUCCUUCCUUCCUUUCUCUACUCAGCCCUUAGAUUCUGACACUCCCCCAGGGCUCCUCUCUUUGCUCUUCUAACAUCCACCCCAGGAUUACUGUAUUUACAUUACCUACUCACUGAUGAUGACAAAAUUUACAUCUCCAGCUGAGAAUUCUAUCCGGAAUUCUGGACCCUUUUACUCUAUGAAAAGAUACUGGUACUUGGAUAUUUCACUAUCCUGAUAAUAUCCUUUGAUCCACAGAAGUUUUCAAUUUUGACGAAGUCCAAUUUAUCUAUUUUUCCUUUGGCUAUUUGUGCUUUUGGUGUCCUAUUUAAGGAACUGCUGCCUAGUCUAAGAUCAUAAAUAUAUAUACCUACAUUUUUUCUAAGACUUUUACAGCUUCAACUCUUACAGUUAGCUCUUAAUCCACUGAAACCAUAAUUCCUGAAAGAUAAGGAUUUCAAUGGCAGUAUCUGAAGGCUUAAGAGUAAAAAGAGCUUUUUAAAUUCUAAAACCAUGGCUUUAAAUAUCACACCCCAAGGCAAGAAAACUCUGCUGGCAGAGUUUAUACUGUAAACUACAGCACAGAGGAAGUAGCAGGUGGUGACGUAAAUGCAAUUCUUCCACAGCAAUUGAGAGGACAUAAAAACCUGGGAGAGGAGUGCAGAAAGAAAGAGGAAUUAGAAAUAGCUUAGAUACAAGUUCAAAAUUCUUACCUUCUGUCUCAUCUGGGGCUAAGUCUCAGGGUGAGGAAGGGUGAGAAAGAUCUCCAGUAUGUUUGUGGGGAAGGACCCAGAAUAGGAGAUAAUUAUGUCUCCCCUUCCCAAUUUAUGGUCCAGGGAACUGCAAGCCUUUUAGCAAAAGCUUGCAACUAACACUACAUCAUUGUAGUAGGGGAGCAAUACCAAUGACAUGCCCAGACCACACUCCUGAAAAGCUAUCUCAGAGUCCCAAGCAUGCCAGCAAAAUGUGAAAACCAUUAAGGAGUGUGCCUUGGGUCAGUGGGCGCAAAAGAGCCUGGGUUUAAGGAGAACCCAGCACACACAGACCCGCUGACCAAAGGCCAUGGAAGCAUCAGGGACAUCAGCCUCCGAUGCAGCAGAGCAGACAGGGCCACUCAAGAUUAAGCCAGUGCAAGGUACAACCUAGUAGUGGCCAAGGGCAGAGGAUGGCACAAAGAUGAGAGGCCACUUCCUCAAUGCCAGAAAAUAUUAUAAGGCUUCUCUAUGAAUACCUUCCACCUCAGAAAAAAAAAAGGGGGGGGAUGUGAAAAAACUGAACAUUUAUCCAAAGGACUGAUUAUUUACCCAACGGUCUGAGUAAACCUUGAAUUAACUAAUAAAUUAGACCAGAAGGUACUGACUUUAUCCUAAAUUGGCAAGAUUGUUUUCUAUUACCCAGUAGAAAUAAGAAGCUCCAGAGUUAAGGAGGUUUUAGUUAUAGAGAAAUAAUGAAAGUUACAUGUUUGCACAUUCAAAUUUGUAGUUUACAAAAUUUAUGCCCACUACACUUGCAAUUGGGUUUCUCACUGAACAAAAAGUGAAAAGGUAAAGCCCUUGCCGACAUAAUCUACCUCUCCAAAGUCACACUGGUUUCUGUCCAUUCCUAAAAUAUGUCGAGGUCUUUCCUCUCUCAUGGCUUCUCCACAUGCUGUUUCCUUCACUUGUACCCAUAGCUCUUUAUAUAGGUUGCUCCAACUCAGCCUUUAGUUUCAAUGUAAAUGUUUCUUCCUUGAAAAGGGCUCUCUGGCCACCCUAUCUAAAGCAGCACAGCACCCUGUUACUUCCUCUCUAGCACUCCUUGCAAUCUAACUUCCCAAGCUCUGUCCUUGUCUGUCUUGUUCACUGCAGGCUCUGGUCAAUAAGAGGUGCUCAAGAAACAGUUCUAUAUGA